AUGUCGACAAAACGCAAGGCGACCACCACGAUCGCCAAACCGGUCGUGAGACAGAGCGCGAAGACGCCAAUCCGUUCUAAGAUUGACGAGACAAGGACCUCUGUCGCAAGCGGCCUUGCGACAAGAGAAACAGCGAAGCAAUUAGCCGACGCCGAGAUCCAAGACGACUUUGGCUCCGACAGCGAAGAGGGCGAUAGUGAAGAUGAAGCCACCAACCAACAGAACGGACCGAUCAAGUCCUCCCAACAGCCGCAAACCGGCGGCGAGGUAGACCACGACGACGCGAUGCAAGACUCACCAACAUUCGGCGAUCUCAUCCGCGGCAACUCAACCAUCGACGUGCCCGCCUCUCUUGCCGCCCAAGCCGCCGCCGCCAAAUCAUCGUCCCGCCUCGACACCCUCCAACAACAGCCCGCCGCCCCCAUCAGCGCCACCUCGCUCGGGACAGUCCUCAACCAAGCCCUCCGCACCGACGAUGCCGACCUGCUCGAGUCCUGUCUCCAAACGACCGACCUCAAGAUAAUAGAAAACACCAUCAACCGCAUGGACUCCUCCCUCGCCAACACCCUCCUCUCCAAGCUCUCCGCGCGCAUGCACCGCCGGCCGGGCCGCGCCUUUGGGCUCAUGCGCUGGAUGCAAUGGACGCUGGUCGCGCACGGCGGCGCGCUGGUCACACAGCCCGACCUGGUCGGCCGCCUGGGCGAGCUCAGCCGGGUGUUGGAGGAACGUUCCCGGGGCCUGUCCAGCCUGCUGGCGCUCAAGGGUAAACUGGAUAUGCUAGAUUCACAGAUGAAGUUCCGCAAGUCGAUCAAGUCGGCCGGCGCGAUCCGUGAUCGGGGUGCAAAUGAGGAAGGCUCUAGCGAUGAGGAGGAAGACGACGUGGACGAGCCGGCUGUGGUGUAUGUGGAGGGGCAAGAAAACCUCGACAAGGCACUUCCCAACGGUACGGCCAGGCGCGGCGGUGGUGUGGAUGAGGACGAUGACUUCCCCACUGGGCCGAUAGUGAUUUCCGAUUCGGAAGACGAUGAUGACGACGAGGAUGACUUCGAUGAUGGGUUGGACGAGGAGCUGGCGGAUGCGGAGUCGCUGGAUGAAGACGAGGUCGACCAUGACGAUGUAGAGGAGGAUGAGGAGAGCGAGGCUGAAGAGUCACGGCCGCCCACGAAAGUACGGCGGGUGUCGGAUAGGAUUUCAAAACGGAAAUAG